AACUGUCAUUCGCCCAGAGCCGGCUUUCAAAAACCUCUCGAGAUACGGGUAAACACAAACAUCGAACAAAAACAACAGCUGAACGCCGAACGGAAAGGAAAUUGAAAAUUUAAAAUAACUACAAAAUGCCGAAAGCCGGCGACAAGGAGAAAGCCAAAGUGAAGGUGAACGUGAAGGAGCGUGUAGUGGACGAGUCGUGUGAUCUGAGCCUCUCGGAGCUGAGCGAAAUUCCUGUCCGGGAAAUUGCUUCGUUCAAGCGCGUCACCGUUUUGGAUCUCUCCAGCAAUCGUCUGGUCAGCCUGGGAAAAAACUUUGCCACUUUGACUCGUUUGGUGAAACUGGAUCUGAGCAAAAAUCAAAUACGUUUCCUGCCCGAGGACUUUGGUCAGUUAGAGCAGCUGCGUCAUUUGGACCUUUACAACAACUGCCUCGAGCAUCUGCCACUUAGCUUUGGUCAGCUGCGUCGCCUGCGCUAUUUGGAUCUGAAGGGUAACCCCCUGACGCCAGCCUGGGAGAAGAUUGUGGGUCGUUGCUCCACUCUAAAGGACUGCCAACAGGCAGCCAAGAAUACGGUCAACAUCUGCGCAAACUAUAAGCCCGAGUUUCUUGAACGUGAACGUUUGGCGGCCCAACAAAUGGCAGGAUCUGGAGAUUCAAACUCCGUCCAGGCGAAUGGCGGAGGUGGAGCUGCCGGCAAGGAUAAGCAGGGAAAGGCUGUCAAACCCAAUAACAAAAAAGCCAAAGCCAAAAAAAUUUCUGAAGCUGGCGACAAUGAGUUGACAAUCAAACCAGUCAAUGCUGCAGGAGGUUCUCCGUCUGGAGCCGGAGGAGCUGCAACUAAAACCAAUCAAAAGAGCAAUCAAAAGAAGAAGAAGGGAAACUCCUGGUCGAAACUACUCUCCAGGUCAGCUCUAUCCUCGUUGAUGACAUUUAUAUUGCUGUUCAUCUUCAACGCGGUGGUUAUCUACAUGAUAAUGUUCAAGAAUCCGGAGAUUGCGGACAAACUGGUGGAGUAUAUACCGCACCAGUAUCGCGAUUGGAUCCUGACCAAAACGGAAAUCUUUCGGUUGCGUGUAACUGAUUGGAUUUCUGAAUUCCGAACACCGCCAGAGGAACACUGACGGUUCAUUUAUUUGAAGCCUUAGAGCGCUGGGCUUCAAAUACAAAAAUUCUCAACAAAAAAAAAUUCGGAUAAUAAGCGCGUGUGUGAAGGCGAAGGCGAAAUUUUAAAAACAAACAUAGACCACCUGAACGAUAUAUACGACUGCAUGGGUAUACCAUUAUAUAUAAUGUACUGCCAUUUAAUUUUUGAUAGACUCUAAGCCAUCACGUCCAUUUGGAGGAAUUUUUAACUGAAAGAAUAUCGCACACACAACAUUGAAGACACCAAACUACACUCAAUCAAGCAAAGUAACUGAUGAAUCUAUAGCUUACCUAACCAGAUAGCUCAAGCUUAACUCAAUAGUAACUGAAUGGCAGUUCCAAACUGACCAGCGCAUAGAAACUACAGACUCAGUCAUUGCAGAUCAGAACCCAGUAAUCUAUCCAGAAUCUAUCAAUAGAAGUCAGCAAAUAAUAUAAUAUUUUAACGUAUCCUAAGAGUUGUGUGCAAUUAUCAUUUAUUGAAGUUUAUCCCAAUAUAUUUUCAUGUUAGAAGAGCAUUUUAAAUUUUUAGAUUUUAAAUCUCGUAGAGUUAAUCGGAAAAUGUAACAUAAAUAUUCAUCAGCAUUGGUUUAUUUCUAAAAUUCAAAAAAAAUUGAAGAGGUUUCAUAUGAUUUAUGUAAAAAUUAAGUAAUAUUGUAUCAAUAUUUGUGAAGAUUUUGGAAUAAAAUUAUACAUUUUAACACAAAA